AUGCCAGACCCUUCAGACAACGACGAGCUCGAUGCGACCCCACCCGACGGCGGUUACGGUUGGGUCUGUGUCGCCGCUUGCUUCUUGAUCAACUUCUCAACUUGGGGUGCCGUAGCAUCCUACGGCGUAUACCUCUCCUACUAUCUGAGUACCAACCGCUUCCGUUCCGCCUCGCCCCUUGACUUUGCCUUCGUCGGAGGCUUCAACUUCGCUUUUGCAAUGCUCGCUGCCCCGCUUGUCACCUCGCUCACCCCGCGUUUUGGGAAACACACCACGAUGCCCAUUGGAAUUGCGCUGCAGACUACUGGCUACAUCACUGCUGGCUUUGCUACGCAGAUUUGGCAUCUAUUCUUGACCCAGGGAGUCCUCGUCGGGCUGGGUAUUGGCUUCAUCUAUAUCCCUAGCCUGCCUAUACUAUCGCAAUGGUUCGAUGCACGCCGGAGCCUAGCAAAUGGCAUCAGCAGUUCCGGGUCCGGGUUUGGCGGCGCACUUUUCGCGUGGGUCACAGGAGCUAUCAUCGACGCGCUGGGCUUGCGCUGGGCUCUCUGCAUCACCGGCAUCAUGACUUGCUUCCUUACCAGUAUUGCGACGGCGGUUGUCCGUGACCGCAACAAAUACAUCAAGCCGCCGCAGCUCGCUCUUGAUCUUACUUUGCUAGCACGCUACGACGUCCUACUACUGCUAGCGUGGUCUUUCGUCAGCAUGCUCGGCUACAUUGCGCUGCUGUUCUCACUAUCGGACUUUGCGCUAGCCAUCGGUCUCUCAUCGCAGCGAGCCACUGACGUGAUCGGACUGCUCAACAUUGGCACAGCGAUUGGCCGCCCACUCAUCGGCACACUCAGCGACAAGUCUAGGCGUCUGGACGUUGCGGGUGCGCUUACCUUGGUGUGUUCGUUACUCUGUUUCGCCUUCUGGAUUCCGGCGCAGUCUUUUGCGCUGCUUGCGGUCUUCGCGCUGCUCUCAGGGGCUGUGCUCGGCGUCUUCUGGAUGACCAUUGGACCGCUCUGCGUUGAAGUUGCGGGGCUGAAGCACUUGCAGUCGCUACUUUCGCUAUCCUGGAUAACGAUCAUCCUCCCGACUACCUUCUCGGAAGUCAUUGCACUCAAGAUCCGCCGGCCAGAGUCUUCGCGCAGUUACCUGUAUUCGCAACUGUUUGUUGGAUUGUCUUAUCUCGCGGCCAGCGGUAUCAUGCUGGAGUUGCUCCGCGUCAAGAGGCGUGAGCGCAUGCGCUCACUGGACACAGGAACAGAGUUGACGGAUACGUAG